CUGUCGCCAGGAAAUUAGUUGCUUAUGUAUUUGUUUAAUGUUUAUUUGUAUUUUGUCCAGCGACUGUAUUUUGUUUAUUUUUGUUGCAAACAUGUUAUUGUUUGAAAUAUUAUUUGUAAAAGGUUUAAUUUAGAGUUUUCUGGUAACAGUGCCUCCUACUGUUCAGCGGAAAGAGCUACGUUUACGUGAUCAUGUGACCUAAAGUGAUGUGCAAUAAAAAAGACAAGGCUAGCAAGUAGAACGAAAAGGAGCUAAGAAAAGAAACUCAAAAAAGAGUGAAAGGAAGAGGUUAUAAUGUAGUAACGUCUCCUAAUUCUGAUCAGAAGGAGCACACGUUUUUCACGGUGUUUCACGGUAUUUGAAUUACCACGUCGAUGGAAGAAAAAAUUAAAAUUAUCGUGCUGAACAUCAGUUGAUUCGUGAUCUGAUUUCUGACAGAAGAAAACAUUAGGAGUAAUUACAGUGAAAAACGUCUCUAAUCUACGGCACGACGGGAGUAAAAACGUGCCACUCGAGGGAGCAGAUUCACGGACCGAAGAGUGGGCCGACUUCGCCAGCGUUUCUUUAAGGCGCCACAACUUUAACUAGCAAGAAAGCUAGCAAGUGCUUAUCCGAGGAAAUAUCGCGAACAUCAGACUAGCGCACAGACGGACAGUGCUGUAGUCGUAACGGACUCUAAUCAUCGCUCUCAGGUCAGACUGUAUUUACAGUUUUGUAUUUAAUUUCUUUACUAACUGAAAGAAAAAAAAAAAAAAAAAAAAAAAAAAAAACUUUAAGUUUUCUAUUGAAUAUUGUACAUAUUAAUAGUGAUUCUGUAGUUUCUCAAAUUUAAAGUUAAUUGUUAAAAUUGUUUGGUUAAAUUUUCAACUGUGAUGUCAUAGUAGUUUAAAAAUGGAUCAAGGUGCCUCAGACCUCUGUGUGCUAGAGUCAGUAGUUCAGGCUCUAGAAGAUGAAAGGGCAGAGUUAGAAGAAAAAUUAGAGACUGAAUUUGAAACUUCUGAAAGACAAAAAAUUGAGGAACGCAUAGGUGAGAUUCAUGCCGAUAUCGAAAUACAAAGGAUUGGGAUUCUAAAGUCAUCUUCUCAAAAUGAACAAGAGGUUAGACGUUCUGAAAGAGAAAAACGCCCAACAGAAAAAAUGCUUGAACUCAGAAAGGCUGAUAUUAUAAAAAGGGAAAGAAGGUUUAUGUUUAUAUAUGUAAACUUCAAGGCAGAGGCUCAGUUAAUUAGAACUAAGCUUAAGCAAAAAUGCUCUAAAGUUGAAUUAAGCGACAUGAUAGUACCUAUAGAAAACUAUGAGUCAAGGUUAAAACAAGAAUACGAGAGGUUACGUGCGUUGACCACCCCUUCUCAAGAUAUAAGAAGGAGAAUGGAUAGCUGCACUUCUGCUACUACCGAACUAAUAGCACUCUUGAAAGGUCGUCAUGCAGAAGUCGGCACAAAGGAGUUUGAUGCAGAGGCUGCUAAAGCAGCACUCUUUCAUUUACUCCAAAGAGAAGAUGCGAGGUCUAUUUAUGGAUCAACAGUUUCAAGAGCUGGAGUCAGUAGUCAGCAAGGAAGUCAGGUGUCAGUAAAGAAAGCAGAAGCAGCUGCACGUUUGGCAUCAAAACGGGCUGAAAUCAACAGAGAAAAGGAAAUCUCUGCUCAAAGAAUGGAAAUAUUAGCCCAGCAAGAUAGGCUAAAGAGGCUUGAGGAUCAAAGGGACCUUGAAGUCAUGGAGGCUGAAUAUAAGGUAUACGCCGAAGAGGAAUUAAGACUGAAUUCUGACCUAGGAGAUACAGGAAUAAUAAGCAUCUUGCCUUCAAAACAGCCUUCAACACAGCACAAUAGCUCACCAUGUUCCCAGGAUCUACAAGACAUCUCAGUACCUCCUUGCAAGGAAGAUAAGCAAGAGAUGGGAGCAAAUGACAUCUCAAUGGUUCAAGCCCUAAAGGAAUCCUUAGCAACAUCUAGACUCCCAAACCCUGAACCAUUCACAUUCACAGGAGACCCACUUAAGUUUAUUGAAUGGCGCACCUGCUUUAAGGCAUUAAUUGAAACGUCCUGCACAAACUCAGCUCAUAGGCUUUUCUAUUUGAAAAAAUACAUAAGUGGGGAAGCGCUCCGUGUGUUAGAAGGAACAUUUUACAGAAGUGAUGAAGAAGCAUAUACACAGGCUUGGGUUUCCCUGAACAAACGCUAUGGUCAUCCUUUCAUAGUCCAAAGAGCAUUCCGUAUGAAACUGAGCACCUGGCAAAGGAUUGGACCUAGAGAAUCAGUGAAAUUAAGAGAGUUCAGUGAUUUCCUUAUAGCCUGCAAGAACGCAAUGCCCCAUGUGCAGGGACUUCAGGUCUUAGAUGACUGUGAAGAAAAUCAAAAAUUGUUGCAGAAACUUCCUGAUUGGGUAACAACGCGUUGGAAUCGGUUUGUCACUAAAGUACUGGAUGAAGGGAAGCCAUACCCAGGUUUUACAGAAUUUUCAGAUUUUGUAGCAGAAGAGGCGCGUAUUGCAUGCAAUCCAAUUUCCUCUCUCCAUGCUUUAAAGGGUACGGAUCAAAAACCUGCAAAAGAACAGAAGCGUUUCCAGUCCAACACUUUGAUGACAGCAUUGAACAAGUCUCAAAAGGCACAACCCAACCCUCAUAACUUAAAUGCAUUAGGAAAUAGUGCCCAGGACAACCCUUCUGGCAUUCAGAACAAGGGGCAAAUAAAGUGUGUCUGUUGUCAGAAAAAUCACUUUAUUUACAAAUGUGACAAAUUUGCAACAAUGCCUCGAGAUGAAAAGAAAAGGUUUGUCAUUGACAACAAAAUGUGCUUUGCUUGCCUCAGAGUUGGUCAUGUCUCAAAAAACUGUAAGAAGAAGGCCACUUGCAAUAUUUGCCGGCAGUGCCAUCCUACUCCACUUCACGAAGAACGUCCUCAAGGAAGAAAGCCAGAGGCAUCAGAACAAGAGCAAGAAAAUUCUGUUGCCUUGUGCAAUGUAAAAGGCGAUGCCUGUGAUCGUACUUCAAUGACUGUUCCUGUUUGGAUCUCGUGUGUUGGAAAAAACUGUACAGAAACAUUGGUGUAUGCAUUACUGGACACGCAAAGCAGUAAUACCUUUAUUGAUCAAGAGGUUUGUCACAACAUCCAAGCAGACACAGAGCCCAUCGUAUUGAAAUUGUCGACAAUGACUAACAGAGGUUCCAGAGUGAAUUGUCAACGAGCAACUGGACUUAGAGUAAGAGGAUACUAUUCACAAGAAUACAUUGAAUUGCCGCCUGCAUAUACCCGAGAGUACAUCCCAUUGGAACAAAACAGUAUUCCCACCUGUGAAACAGCAAAAAGGUGGAAUCACUUAGUCUGCAUAUCAUCAGAGAUACCAGAUCUAUUGAAUUGUCCGGUAGGUCUUCUAAUAGGCUAUGACUGCAGCAGGGCUCUGAAACCAAGGCAGGUGAUAUCAGGGGAAGAGUUUGAACCAUAUGCAGUCAAGACUGAUUUGGGCUGGAGUAUAGUGGGAUCCAAAACAUCUCACAAUAGCUCAAGGGAUGUGACAGGGUUGUGCCACCGCAUUUCUGUAAAGGAACUUCCAUCUAUUGCUCCUACCUCCAUCAUUAAGGCCUUAGAAAUGGAUUUUUUAGACACAACUUCCAGAGAAAAGACAGUAUCUCAAGAAGACAUGCAGUUUUUACACCUGCUGAGUGAGAAAAUUCAACAUAAUAAAGAGGGACAUCUGGAAAUGCCUUUACCCUUUCGAGUGCGUCCACAGCUUCCAAAUAAUAGGCAGCUUGCUAUGGUAAGACUAAAACAUCUAAAAAGAAAGAUGAUGAAAAGUUCAAAGUACAAGGAGGAUUACUUAAAAUUUAUGAAUAGUAUGUUUCAUGAUGGUGAUGCUGAAGAGGUAGGUGAUGCCCCAGAGGAGGCCAUCACGUGGUACAUUCCUCACCAUGGAGUGUAUCAUCCUAGGAAGCCUGAAAAAAUUAGAGUAGUAUUUGAUUGCUCUGCUAAAUUUGAGGGCACCUCUUUAAAUGAGCAUCUACUCACAGGGCCAGAUUUAAACAAUGCUUUGACUGGAGUACUUUGUAGGUUUCGUGAGCACCAAAUCGCAAUUGUUUGCGAUAUUGAAAAAAUGUUUCACCGCUUUCAUGUCAGCCCACAAGACAGAGAUUUCUUGAGGUUCCUGUGGUGGGAGAAUGGGAACAUUGAAGGAGAGCUUAAAGAGUACCGGAUGCGAGUGCAUAUUUUCGGGGCAGCAUCAUCGCCAGGAUGUGCUAAUUUUGCUAUGAAACAUCUAGCCACUAAAUAUGAGAAAGAAUACCCACUGGCAGCAAGUUUCAUUCGGCAAAAUUUCUAUGUGGACGACGCAGAGAAGUCUUGGAUUCUAUUCCUGAGAGUGAACGUGCUAGCAUAG